CCCACAGCCCCCUCCCCCAAUUCUCCAUCCCCUUCCCUCCUGGUCUCGGAGGACCCCAUCGUAGCCCGACCUGUCUCGGCCCGCAACCUCCGCGAAUUCGUCGGUGCCACUCCCCGCCCAUGUGGGCCCCCGCGGGCUGCCCACGCCUGUCCCCCAGCUCCCCGUUCCGCUGGGCUUUCCCCUCGUCGUGGGUGGCUUUCUGAGCCGCCCGCUCCGUGCCCCUCUCUGCAGCCUCUCCUGCCACUCGGGGCCCCCGUUCCCCCUCCCGGUGGCGGGGGGCUGCCCCCGGGGGGCUGGCGGAGCUGGGCCGCGGGGGCCCCGGGGCCGGCGGUGCCGGGGUCAUCGGGAUGAUGCGGACGCAGUGUCUGCUGGGGCUGCGCACGUUCGUGGCCUUCGCCGCCAAGCUCUGGAGCUUCUUCAUUUACCUUUUGCGGAGGCAGAUCCGCACGGUAAUUCAGUACCAAACUGUUCGAUAUGACAUCCUUCCCUUAUCUCCUGUGUCCCGGAAUCGGCUAAGCCAGGUGAAGAGGAAGAUCCUGGUGCUGGAUCUGGAUGAGACACUUAUUCACUCCCAUCACGAUGGGGUCCUGAGGCCUACAGUCCGGCCUGGAACGCCUCCUGACUUCAUUCUCAAGGUGGUAAUAGACAAACAUCCCGUCCGGUUUUUUGUACAUAAGAGGCCCCAUGUGGAUUUCUUCUUGGAAGUGGUGAGCCAGUGGUACGAGCUGGUGGUGUUCACAGCAAGCAUGGAAAUUUACGGCUCUGCUGUGGCAGAUAAACUGGAUAAUAGCAGAAGCAUUCUCAAGAGGAGAUACUACAGACAGCACUGCACUUUGGAAUUGGGCAGCUACAUCAAGGACCUCUCUGUGGUCCACAGUGACCUCUCCAGCAUUGUGAUCCUGGAUAACUCCCCAGGGGCUUACAGGAGCCAUCCAGACAAUGCCAUCCCCAUCAAAUCCUGGUUCAGUGACCCCAGCGAUACCGCCCUUCUCAACCUGCUUCCGAUGCUGGAUGCCCUCAGGUUCACCGCUGAUGUUCGUUCUGUGCUGAGCCGAAACCUUCACCAACAUAGGCUCUGGUGACAGCUGCUCCCCCUCCACCUGAGUUGGGGUGGGGGGGAAAGGGAGGGUGAGCCCUCGGGAUGCCGUCUGGUGCCCUGUCCACUGGUGAGGACUGCCUGGGCAGGGUCUGCCCCUCCCACCCCUCUCUGCCCUGGGAGCCCUGCACUCCAUAUGGAGUCUGGAUGGACACAAGGGCCAGAUUCUCAAGCAGCCUCACUCUUAACUUCGUGUUCGCACUCCCUGGAAACCCCAGACUGGGACAUAAGCGGAGGCCUAGGAGAGCCGCAACAGUGUCUGGUGGAGAGACAGGACUGGCCAGAGUGGGAGACAGACAUUCGGUAAUCCGGGAGGCUCAAAGAGAAGCCAAGCCAGCUUUGUUGUGAUUUGUUUUUUUAAAAACUCUUGUACAAAACUGAUCUAAUUCUUCACUCCAAGGGCUGGGUUGUGGGUGGGAAACUGGGAUUUUGGGCCACUGGAUUUUCCCCAAACUUGUCCCCUCCCUUACUUUCUAUUUUCCCUUCUUCCUAGAUUCCCUCAGACCUGUAACCAGCUUUCUCUCUUUUUUUUUCUUUUCUCUCUUUUAAACCAUGCAUUAUAACUUUAAAACCAA